AUGGCCGGUAAGUCCCGCAGCGGCUGCGAGGCGCUGAAGGUGGUGGCCCGCUGCCGGCCCAUGAGCAGGAAGGAGGAGGCGGCGGGCUACGAACGCGUCCUGGAGCUGGACGUGAAGCUGGGGCAGGUGAGCAUCCGAAACCCCCGCGCCUCCCCCGGGGAGCUGCCCAAGACCUUCACCUUCGACGCCGUCUACGACGCCAGCUCCAAGCAGGCGGACCUCUACGACGAGACGGUCCGGCCGCUGAUAGACUCCGUGCUGCAGGGCUUCAACGGCACCAUCUUCGCCUACGGCCAGACCGGGACCGGCAAGACCUACACCAUGCAGGGGGCCUGGGCGGAGCCGGAGAAGCGGGGCAUCAUCCCCAUCUCCUUCGAGCACAUCUUCACCCACAUCUCCCGCUCGCAGAACCAGCAGUACCUGGUGAGGGCCUCGUACCUGGAGAUCUACCAGGAGGAGAUCAGGGACCUCCUCGCCAAGGACCAGAGCAAGAAGCUGGAGCUGAAGGAGAACCCCGAGACGGGGGUCUACAUCAAGGACCUCUCCUCCUUCGUGACCAAGAACGUCAAGGAGAUCGAGCACGUGAUGAACCUGGGGAGCCAGACGCGCUCCGUGGGCAGCACCAACAUGAACGAGCACAGCUCCCGCUCCCACGCCAUCUUCCUCAUCACCAUCGAGUGCAGCGAGACGGGGCCGGACGGCGAGGAGCACAUCCGCGUGGGCAAGCUCAACCUGGUGGACCUGGCCGGCAGCGAGCGCCAGAGCAAAAUGGGGCACGGAGAGCGCCCCAAGGAAGCGUCCAAGAUCAACCUCUCCCUCUCCGCCCUGGGCAAUGUCAUCUCCGCUCUCGUCGAUGGCAAGAGCACGCACAUCCCCUACCGGGACUCCAAGCUGACCCGCCUGCUGCAGGACUCCCUCGGGGGCAACGCCAAGACAAUCAUGGUGGCCACCUUGGGCCCGGCCUCUCACAGCUACGACGAGAGCCUCUCCACCCUCAGGUUCGCCAACAGGGCCAAGAACAUCAAGAACAAGCCCCGGGUGAACGAGGACCCCAAGGACACCUUGCUGCGGGAGUUUCAGGAGGAGAUCGUCCGGCUGAAAGCCCAGCUGGAGAAACGCGGCAUGCUGGGGAAGAAGAGGAGAAGGAGCAGCCGGAGGAAGAAAGCGGUGGAUGGAGAAAGCGCCACGGAGAACGAAGGGGAGGACGACAACGAGGACGGCCUGGAGAAGAACAUGGAGAAUUACUUGAAGGAGCAGAAGGAGAGGCUGGAAGAGGAGAAAGCCGCUAUCCAGGAUGACCACAGCCUGGUGAGCGAGGAGAAGCAGAAGCUGCUGCAGGAGAAGGAGAAGAUGAUAGAGGAUCUGCGGAAGGAGCAGGAGGCCACGGAGCUGCUGGCCACCAAGUACAAGGCGAUGGAGAGCAAGCUGCUCAUCGGCGGCAGGACCAUCGUGGACCACACCAACGAGCAGCAGAAGAUGCUGGAGCUGAAGCGGCAGGAGAUUGCCGAGCAGAAACGCCGGGAGCGGGAGAUGCAGCAGGAGAUGUUGCUGCGGGACGAGGAGACCAUGGAGCUGCGGGAGACUUACACCUCCCUGCAGCAGGAGGUGGAGAUCAAAACCAAGAAGCUGAAGAAGCUGUACGCCAAGCUGCAGGCCGUGAAGGCAGAGAUCCAGGACCAGCACGACGAGUACAUCCGCGUGCGCCAGGACCUGGAGGAGGCACAGAACGAGCAGACGCGGGAGCUGAAGCUCAAGUACUUGAUCAUCGAGAACUUCAUCCCACCAGAAGAGAAGAACAAGAUCAUGAACCGCCUGUACUUCGACGGUGAGGAGGACCAGUGGAAGUUCCAGCCGCUGGUGCCCACCGGAGGAAACAGCAACCAAAUGAAGAAGCGGCCUACCUCUGCGGUGGGGUACAAGAGACCCAUCAGCCAAUACGCCCGCGUGGCCAUGGCCAUGGGAUCUCAUCCUCGGUACCGGGCUGAGAACAUCAUGUUCUUGGAGCUGGACCUCUCCCCUCCGGCCAUCUUCGAGUUUGAACGGAGCAGGGACCCGGCAGAGCAGGACCCCCGGGCUCUCCACCUGGAGAGGCUGAUGCACCUGGACAGCCUCCUGGAGCGGCCAGCGGCCUCCCGGGUGAGGAAGUCCCGCUCCUGGUGCCAGACGCCGCGGUCGCUGCCAUCCUCAACCACGCAUGUCUCCCUCACCUCCAGCUCCCCGCGCGCCGCCACGAUGCCAGCUCAGGAGUGACGUCCUGGACCCCCUCGUCCCCCGCGCCGCCUCGCAGCGAGGACAGUGCCCCGCCGACACAGGCCGAGAAAGGGGCCCCAGCCGGCAGCAUCUC